AUGACUUCUGGUGUCCAUGUGCAGCAAGCACAUGCCGUGCAUCCAGUGAUUAGCAUUUUUCUGGAAACUUUUGCUCGAUGUAAUCCUCCAAUUCAUAUCGGUGCUCGACCUGUUGAGUUUGUCGCCCAUCAUUACCAUGCCUGGCAUCGAGGCAUCCUGCUUUUGGAAAAUCAGGCUUUGUGUAUACCAAGAAUGUUGGGUAAUGCUGCUCUCACACAGCAGCCGCUGGAUCCGAUACUCCAAGAACAACUGGAUGUACUAGACUAUCUUCGAUCACUCUAUUCUGAAUUGGGCGAAUUAGAUCAGUAUGCGGCUGUAUGGAAUCGCCGAGCGCUCACUACUGAUACCACGAAGAUCUUAGCUUUGCAGCAGCUUGGGGAUGUCGAAGAUGCCUUAGAACUCAGCCAAGCUUCAGCUAGUUCGAUACUGCAUAAGAUGGAGAGUCAGUUUGGUAAGAUCCCAUCUGGCCAACCUGCUUCUAAGGAGUACGAUUUUCUGGAGGAGUCAUAUAUUCAAUGCACGAAAGAGUUAUGUCGAUGGCGUGUGCUUUGCGAUAUAGCUAAAAGUUCUCAUGUCGAGAACCCUGAGCUUCUCCUUGAAUCUGCUGUACAUCUUCCGGAUUGGUAUCUUGCGCGACAAUGUCGUGAUCAGAUUCUUGCUUGUACACGCCCUGACUUUGUUAUUCCAAGCAUCACUUAUGGAGCUAUGCUUGGAGUUUUGGGAGAUCCCGAAGAUGGUCCGCUUGUACCAGCCAAGAAAUUAGUUGAUGAUGUGACACAAGCACUGGUAGUAGGCUGGCGUGUUCUACCUCCGAUAUUGACUCAUGCGCAUAUCAAACUUCUGCAAGCCAUGACAAUGAUUCGCGAAGUUGGGGACGUUCUAGACCUGAAAAGAGCUCUAGAUGUUGGAAAUCAGAAUUGUAGCGCAAUAAUGCAAGAAAUGAAAACUGUCAUAAAGAUAUGGAGAUCGCGCACCUACUCGCUUUCGGAUGAAAUGUCCUUUAUAUCUCUAAUGUAUGAUUGGCGAAGCCAGAUCCACACGAUGAUGGUGCAGCGAUUCCAUGACUGGGAACGGAGCGGAGUGAGUGUACUGUCACCAAGUUCACGUUAA